CCGCGCUUUUUUUGACUUUUGACUAAUCCGGAAGUUUUUGUCACGUGACUCUACCCGCCUGUUGGUUUGAAACGUCGUUGAAAAUGUUUCAACUUUUGAAUUUAGAUGAAGUGUUCGGUAGCCUGGACUGCAAAUGAAAAAUGGCAGCUCACAAGAAAGAAGAUGGAGGUGAAAUUCGCAGAGCUCUGGGGCUUAACAAGAAUCAGUGCUUGUUUUGCAUGCAGUCUGAAGACAAUGAAGAUAAAUAUGGCAGAUACAUAAAGAGAUUUGGAUUGACAUUGCAUUAUUUUUGUAUGUUGUUUGCCAGUGGGUUGAGUCAAAGAGGAGAAUCUGAUGAAGAUGGUAUAUGUGGAUUUCUGCCCAGUGAUGUACUGAAGGAACUGAAAAGAGGACUAAGACUUAGAUGCAUUUUUUGCAAAUGUAAAGGUGCUACUAUUGGCUGCGUGGUUGGGAAAUGUAGGGCAGUCUUCCACUACAGCUGUGGGAUUCAAUGCAAUACACUGCAUCAAUUCUUUGAUACAUUUAGUUCAUAUUGCUCUGAACAUCGACCACAGCAGACAGAAUGCUCAGAGGGGGAAACGGAGUUCAUGACCUGUGCAAUCUGUAUGACCUCUGUGGUCAACAGACCUUGUCAUGACACUCUCAAAUCACCAUGCUGUAGAGGCUCGUGGUUCCACAGAAUGUGCAUACAGAAACAUGCCACAACAGCUGGGUUGUAUUUUUUCAAAUGUCCACUUUGUAACAACAAGGAUGAUUUCCAGAGGGAAAUGCUAAGGAUGGGAGUCCACAUUCCAGAUCAGGAUGCAGCAUGGGAGACAGAGCCUAAUGCCUUCACUGAUCUGCUGGUGAGGUACCUCCACUGUGAUGCCUAUAGAUGUCGAUGUGACAAAGGGCGAGAUUACAACAAAGAUGGAGGGAAGUGGGAGAUCUUGGUUUGUGACUGGUGUGGGUCCACAGGCUCACAUGUAGGGUGUCACAACAUCAUCAAAGUGGGCCCUGAUGACUACAUGUGUCCAGACUGCUUUGAAAUAGAGGAGAAAUUGAAUAAAUGUAAUGGAGUAAAAAAGAAAAAGGGAAUGAAGAAGCUCCCCUUUCCUCGUGCAAAUCGGCGACAAGAUGACCCAAACCUGGAAAAUAAGGGCAAGAGUGAAUAUCAGCAACAAGCUAACGGCUUUAGAAAACUGACCACUCCAUUAGUGACGUCUGAUGUUAUGUCAGAAGAUGAAUUCUCUUGUUCAGAUGUUCACAUGUCGAGUCCAGGAAGUUGCAAUAUGUCAGCAAUGAAUCUGGUAUCACUUGAAUCACCUGAAAAGCAUGAGAGUACAUGUAUAUCAUUAUCAAAAUGCAGUGGAAAACAAAAAUUACUCUUCAAUACACAGCAAAGAAGUCAAACUAUGAUGUCUUCUGCAGUCACCAAAAAGCAAAUUGCCAGUAAAGCUGUUGUUUCAGGGGAUGAAGAGGUGGAUGUUGUUGGUCUGGAUGACAAAACAGAAUCUCAAGCCCAGAGCUUAUUGAAAAAAACCUCUCCAGAAGCUACUCCCCCACCACAGAGGAAAGGCUACAUAUACCUUGAUGACCCAGGUGAACUGACCAGAGAAGGGAGGAGACUAAAAAGGAAAAAACUGCAAAAUGACAGUCUACGCAAACGUUUGGGUCUCGAUAUUGAUAUGCUCUGGGCUGAUGUGGACAGCUCUGAAUCAGAAUCAGAAAGUAGACCCAAAAAACUAAGAAAGAGGAGUUCUGUCAGAAACAGCAGCAGUUCGGGAGCUGAACAGAAAAAGAUCAGAUCAAAGGCUUCAGCUACUGUGACUAGUAGGUCUGAACUUCAGCAAACAGCAGAUUCUGGAAAUGGGACUGUGAUGGAGUGCAGUGUUGGUUCUCUUCCAGUCGAUAAAAAUCUGUCAAGUGAAAAGGAAGCGGUUUCUAGUUGUAUAAAUGAAAGUGCUAACAUUAACCCUGUUUGUACACAAGCAGAAAAACCUAAGAUCUCAUUGAAUCAAGAUUUGGAUGUAUGUUUUGGGGGAAAUUCAUCCUCUAGUGAUGUUUUUAACAACAGCAGUGAUUAUUGCAAUGACGGAUCAAUAUCUAAAUUGACUCUUAGAAGAUCUUUCACUGAAAAGUCUCGAAAGAGAAAAUAUUCCAAAGGUAAACUGAAGUACAAAAUGAAUCCCAAUCAGAUGCUUAUAAAACAAUGGCUACAGAAAAGCAAUAGUCAGCAGAAAGUGGAGGAGAAAUUGGAGCCACCAGCAGUAGACAUGUCAAAUAUCAUUGAGAAGCCACAAAAAACUACCUUAAAAAUUAGAUUUAAAGGUAAAACUUUUAUGUUCAAGAGACACAUUAAACCCAGUACUUCCUUUAAAGAAAACUUACGGGCUGGAGAGAGUACAGCCAUCAAUUUCAGUAAACAGUUGUCACCAGAAAUGAAUGGUCAACAAUGGAAACAAGUCAAAGAUCAAGAUAAAUUGAGAUCAAGUCCAUGGAAGUCCAUAGAUCCACUUGCUAGUCCACCAGAUGGAAUAACUGAAUCCAUGGAUCUCUGGAAGGAAGCCAAGAGAAUGGUGUAUACAGAAAGGAAAAAAUAUAAUAAUGGGCAAAGAUACCUGCGCUCAGCCAGGACAUUUCCAACAAAGAAAAGCAGAUCUACAGCCAUUCAAUCAUUAAUAAGAUUUCCAGAUGACACAAUCAGCAGUUAUGAAGAGGAACACAUUUAUUAUGGUGUUUCAAAUCUCAAUGUCAAGUGCUCUUUGGCAAAGAAAUUUGAUUACUCUGAAAUUAAUCAGAAGCAAAGGGAUAGUAACUCUGCUUCCACAGACAUGUCCACUCUAACUUUCAUUGAUUCCAGUUCCUGUUUGAAUGACAGUUCCAUAUCAAUGCCAAAACUGUCCCCCAUGGAAAUGGAUGAUGGUGUGAUUAUCAUGAAGGAUAAGAAUAGCAGCGAUCCCCAGGUGUCACCAGUGGGAGACACUCACCACUGCAUGGUUGUCAAUCUUAAACCAGACAGAACAGACAUUCACAAGAGGGCGACGAGUGUGUCACCAUCCCCUUCUAAUCAUAGUGAGACAACUGUGUCAGAUGAGGAGAGGGAUCAGGUGGUCAGUUCCUUCCCACAAGGACUUGUCACCAUGAGAAGGAACUCACAAUCCGAGUCAUCUGCUACGUCACCAGCGUCAAGGUCUUCGUCAGAUGAUUGUACAGUGAGGUCUGAGAAAAGGGUUCGUUUAAUGUAGAGUUAAAGUGAUGAUGUGUGUCUAAAUCCCAAUCAUUGUUCUAAAAGCUGUAUAUUUUGUCAGGUUGAAUUAUCAGACCUUUAUUGCUCUGUGUAUAUCUUCCAGCAGUUUAUCAAAUGGCGUAGGAAUAAAGAUAGUAUAUAUAUUCAGAUAGUUAUGUUUGUGGUAGGAGCAUAAAACAGAUCAAAUUAUUUGAAAUGUGAUGAUAUUGUGAUUGAAGCAGCUGUAUACUGUGUAUACACAAAAGUGUUGAAGAAAGUUUGUGUUCAUUGUAUUCUGUAUAAAUUAAGAAUUCUGAUGAUUAUCUGUGUUACAAGACUUCAAUGAGUUCUAAAGCCAUACUUGUUCAACUUCAGGUUUUGGGGUGAUCUAUCAGCUUUAUUGUACUAAUUGAAACAUUAAAUAGGCUGGAGUUGAAAUCUUUUUGAUAUGUAACUAUGAUUAUGAAAUGAACUGGCAUGAUAAGCAUCAAUGAAUUCAGUAUGUUGGAUGUUAAUUCACACAUGUACAACUACAUUUACAAGAUACUAGUAAAUUUUUAAUUCAA